AUGGGAUCCACGUAUGGGCCGCGGUUUCGAAAGAUCCAGGAUUUUCAGACCAGCUAUGCCCCUACGACAAUCACUCAAUAUGUGUCCGAAAGGAGUGGCAUGCAGGUGAUUGUGGCCGAUCGGAAGGGGCCCAAGGUCAAUGGCUAUUUCACCCUUGCCACGGAGAUAUUCGAUGACUCUGGGGCUCCUCACACCCUAGAGCACCUGGUAUUUAUGGGCUCCAAAAGCUAUCAUUAUAAAGGUCUCCUAGACAAACUAGCAUCACGGGCGUAUUCCGGUACAAACGCGUGGACAGCUGUUGACCAUACCGCAUACACCCUCGAGACAGCUGGCUGGGAUGGUUUUGCCCAAAUUCUCCCUGUCUACCUUGAGCAUGUCAUCCUACCAACCAUCACAGACGAAGCGUGCAUGACAGAAGUCCACCAUGUUGAUGGUGAGGGCAAUGAUGCUGGCGUCGUCUACUCCGAGAUGCAGGCUUUGCAGUACAGCAGCACCGAGUUGAUGGAUAUGAGGGCACGAAGAUUACUCUAUCCCGAGAACAUUGGUUUUCGAUACGAGACCGGUGGCAUGAUGGAGGCCCUUCGAGUCUUGACUCCAAAGCGUAUACGCGAGUUCCACAGAGCCAUGUAUCAACCCCGCAACCUUGCUAUCAUUAUUGUUGGCGAGACGGACCACCAGAAUCUCCUACAGAUUCUGGAUGAAUUUGAAGAGAGCAUCAAGGACGACAUCCCUCCCCUAGAUGCUCCAUUUCAACGACCGUGGAUUGAUUCGCCCCAGCCGCCUCCCCUGAAGGAAACCAUUGUUGAGACGGUGGAAUUCCCAGAGGAAGACGAGUCAACCGGUGAAAUUAUCGUGGCUUUCUUUGGCCCCAACUGCACUGACUUGGUAGAAACGUCGGCAUUGAACGUAUUAUUGACAUAUCUAUGUGGAUCAUCCGUUUCGGUACUCGAGAAUGUCAUUGUUGAAAAAGAGGAGCUUGCAAGUUCAGUGUCCUAUUGGUGGGACAGCCGACCGAACUCUGUUAUUUGGCUUCAACCUACGGGCGUGGCUACUGAGAAGCUGGCUUUUGUCGAACAGCGUCUAAUAUCACUGAUAAAAGAAGUUGCUUCAAAGCCGCUUGAUAUGAGUUACAUGAAGGAGUGUAUCAGUCGAGAACGGAGACAGGUUAAAUUUCAAGCAGAGAGCUCACAGGAGUUCUAUUCAAGCAACAUCAUUACCGACUAUUUGUUCGGCAAGCGAGACGGCUCAACGCUUCGAGAGUUUGAGUUUCUGAGAGAAUACGACGUCCUGGACACGUGGACGGAUGAGCAAUGGCGUGAAUUCCUCCGGAAGUGGUUUUCAGAGGCGCCUCAUAUCUCAAUACUUGGUAAACCUUCGAUGGCACUGGCAGAUAAGCUGAAAAAGGCCGAGGAAGCUAGGCUAGCGAAGAGGAGGGAGGAGCUCGGCGAAGAAGGCUUGAAGAAAUUAGCCGAGAAGGUAGAUGAAGCGAAAGCAAAGAACGAGCAGAAGAUUCCCGAAUCUGUUCUCGACAAGUGGCCUGUCCCUGGAACAGAGUCUAUUCACUUCAUCGAGUCGACCACGGCAAGGUCCGGGAAAGCAAAGGCUCUAGGCACACCUUCGAAUCCCGCGCAAACAGCGAUUGACAAAGCCAAGCCGGGACUCCCACUAUUCGUCCAAUUUGAAGAUGUCCCAAGCAACUUCGUACACAUCACCCUUCACGUGGGCACUUCAGAGGUGCCGGUCAAGCUAAAGCCUCUGCUGUCUCUGUUCAGUGAUAACUUCUUCAACACACCAAUCAUGCGCAAUGGGACGCGCAUAGAAUUUGAGGAUGUUGUGAUGGAACUUGAAAAAGAUACAAUCAGCUACCAACUCAGUGGAGGCGGCAAAGUUGGUGACCCGGAGAGCAUGGUAAUACAAUUCCAAAUCGAGCCUCAAAAGUAUGCCACGAUCAUCCGCUGGAUUCGUACGAUGAUGUACGACAGCAUAUUCGAUCCACAGAGGCUAAAGACUGCCGUUUCCAAAGCUCUUGCAGACAUUCCUGAAGCCAAGCGAGACGGUAGAAUCAUGUCUGUGGAAGUUGACAUGGCCAUCCACACAGUCAAGGAGUCGUUCCCUGUUGCCAAGCGCACACUCGUUAAGGCGAUAUAUCUCAGACGGUUGAAGAAGCUGCUGGAGAAUGAUCCAGACACUGUCGUAGGCUGGUUCGAGGAACUUCGUAAGAGCUUGUUUACCUUCCAAAACAUGCGUGCUUUAGUCACCGCAGAUAUUUCAAAGCUGGAAAACCCUGUACAGACGUGGGAUAUCCUUACUUCCGGACUUGAUACCGAGAAAGAGGUCCUUCCCAUCAUCAAGCAGUACACAAUGCUGAACGAGGAGGGUAAAUCCCCCGGCAAGUACGGCGCCGUACUCGUGCCUAUGACCACGCUCGACAGCUCUUACAGCGUGAGCACGGCUGUCGGGCUCAGCUCAUUCGCCGAUCCUCGCCUGCCUGCCAUGCUGGUGGCUAUAGGAUACCUCGAGGCGGUCGAGGGUCCUUUGUGGAACGCUGUUCGCGGCAACGGCCUCGCAUACGGCACCUCUUUCUCACGGGAAGUCGACGGUGGUUAUCUGCAGUAUCGCGUGUACCGUAGCCCAGACGCUAGCAAGGCGAUCGACGCCUCACGGGCCGCGGUGGAAGCCAUUGCAACGGGACAGGUACUCCUAGAUAGGCACUUGGUGGAGGGUGCAGUCAGCGGCAUCGUGAUGGCGUUCGCCGACGACCAGGCGACCAUGGCGGCAGCCGCGCAGCAGAACUUCGUUCUAAGCGUCAUCCGCGGCCUCGAGCACGAUUGGAAUCAAAAGAUCCUGGCGCAGAUCCGCAACGUCACCGACGACGACAUCAGGACUGUCAUGAAGGAGCUGAUCCUGCCCGUGUUUGUGGCGGGCAAGAGCAAUGUCGUCGUUACGUGUGCGCCGAUCAUGGAAGAGAACAUGACGAAAGCUUUCAAGGCCGUGGGCUAUAGCGUCCAGACCCAGCCGUUGACUCACUUUUACGAUGACUACGGGCUGAAGGGUGAAGACGAUGAGGAAAUGGAGGAGGAAGACGAUGAAGACGAGGAGGAGGAGGAGGACGACGACGACGACGAAGAUGAAGGCUCAGAGAUGGACGAAUCAUAG